CUCCACCGCCUUGGCAAGCUCGAAUGCGCAUAGCCACUGAGUUAUGCUCUAUCCUUAUGUUUCUUCGUUCAUGUAAUCCUCACAGCAUUGCACAUGGCGAUCUAAAGUCAGGAAAUAUUCUCCUUGAUGCUAACCUUGCAUGCAAACUCAGUUACUAUGGAAUCUGUCAAGCAUUCUCUCUUCAUGAAAAUUCAAGGGGCAUGACACUAUCUCAUGAAACUGACCCAAGGGACACUUUCCUCUACUUGGAUCAUCAUUUCCUUACAACAGGAGAACUGUCUUUCAAUCCACACUUACCCAUUUGGAAUUUUAUUAUUACAAUUAUUCACCGGAAGAUCGGCCUUAGCAUGGUAAGCCAAAGCAGAGAUGUUAUAGAUCAGAGAAAUCUGAGUUCCUGUUUGGAUCCCUUGGCAGGGGACUGGCCAUUUGUACAAGCCAAACAAUUGGCUCAACAAGCUUUGAGUUGCUGUGCAACAAAACCCAAGUAGCCGACCAGAACUUGCAUCAGAGAUGUGGAGGGUGCUUGAACCAUUGAGAACAUUUUGCGCAGAACCACUCCAUUUUGGUUCUCAAUCUGAAGAGAGUGAACAGCCUCCUUCCCAUUUCUUUGUCCUAUUUUAUACGAUAUCAUGCGAGAUCCUCAUGUGACAGCAGAUGGAUUUACUAAGAGGCUUUGAAAGGCUGGCUGGAGAACGGCCACAAUACUUCACCAAUGACAAACCUAGGGCUUCAGGAUUGGCUGCAACGGCACCCAAAUGCCAUCUUCUAGAUUCGUAACUCACCUUAAGCUAUCACUCGGCAGCCAUGUUUCCAACUCUUCGUUGUGUAAUGCAAGAAAGACUGCAGCAGCAUUGAAAUGUAGUUUCCUUGUUUGAUCAUGUAUAGUUUUCUGUUCAUAUUUCUUUUUCAAAAUUGUUUCUUUAUGGCAACAUCAGCUUGGCUCGUGUGCAAAGAACUUGGGAGGGUAGGAACUGCAGAAUUCAAGAGAAUUGCUGCUGGGGCUAGAGAUUUGACGAUGAUAUAGAGAGGUUUUGAAGACUUGGGUGGCUAAUAAGGGACCUGACCAUUUCAGAAUCAUGAAGUUGAACAUUUGAGUAGAAGGGAAGUGCAGGUUAAUCAACUAGUGCAGUUCAAUCCUUCAAACACAAGGUAUGUGGAAUUAAUUCAAACUGCAAUAAUUAAAUGGGUUUCUAGGCAGCAUUUUAAUCAGUCAAGCUCAUGGUCAAGGGGUAUUACCUAAGAUUAUCACGUGACACCAAUAUAGCAAAAUUAUGACAACUUCAUGAUUCUUGACUGAUAAAUAGUUAAUCUCAUCAUGAGGACAAUGCUAGAACCAGUAUAAAAAGGUAUAUCCUCCCCCUUCUCCCAAUUAUUUAAAAAAAAAAUUAAAAAUGUGUCAUUGCUCACUACGUCACACUUCAGGAAACACUUCCAUUCCAAUCGUAAAAGAGCGGACUUGUUGUACUCGUUGUUCGGGAAAGGGAUAAAGUGCAAUGAGCGUGUGUUAAUAUCAUAUAUAUAUAUAUAUAUAUAUAUAUAUAUUGAGAAGAGAGGGAGUUUAGAGAUAAAGACGGGAAUUUUUUAUUUAGUUAGUAAUAUUUAAGAAAUUUCGACGGAUAAUUUCUAGGAAUCUACAUGUCAAAUGACUUGUUUAACUAGACUUGAAGAGUCUUACAAGGGAUAGGAAGGUAAACUGCUUGGAAAAUUUCCUUUUGGAAAUUAAUUAAUUGGCUAGCUGAUAUGCUUCUCAAAUGCUUGAAACUAACAUAAUCUUUCUACUUCUGGCAAGUUCUCACAAUUUCAUCGACUGGGUAUUUCUGACUUGAGACUUGUUAAUGCCAACUUCGGAUUCUGAGACCUCAAGGGAAUCAGUGUCCCAAGGGGCAGAUGAUACUGUAUAUGUGACUCUGGGAAAAGAUGUUGAACAACACAAGUUAACUUUGUUAUGGGCAUUAGAGAAUUUUCCUGGCAAGAAAAUUUGCAUUCUUCAUGUUCAUCAGCCUUCAAAAAUGAUCCCCUGCGUUGGCGGAAAAUUCCUUGCUGACAGACUUGAGCAACAAGAACUCAGAGAAUUCCAAGAACUUGAAAGGAAGAUUGUGCGCAGGAUCCUUGAGUAUUACCUUCUCUUGUGUAACCAAGUUGAAGUCCAAGCAGAAAAGCUAUUUAUUGAAAUGGAUGAUAUAGGGAAAGGGAUUGUGGAGCUCGUAUACCAGCAUGAUAUCAAAAAGCUUGUUAUGGGAGCAGCAGCUGACAAACACUAUUCAGAGGACAUGAUGGAUCUCAAGUCCAGGAAGGCCAAAUAUGUCCAGCAGCGUGUUCCUCUUAGCUGUCAAGUUUGGUAUGUUUGCAAGGGAUACCUCAUACGCACAGGGGAAGGUGAAUUUACAUGCCCUUCUGCUAAUGUGUUUGGUGGCUUUGAUUCUGUCACAUCGAAGAGAACUGAGGAGACUGGACUGGAGUUAGAAUUAUGUGAAGAAUCUCAAUCAGAGGAAGAUAGUCAUUUACAUAAUCUUGAUGCAUUGGAGGAAAGUAAUACUUAUCAGCUUUAUGAUCAAAUGGAGCAAGCUUUGAUGGAGGCUGAAAAGUUUAAGCGAGAAGCAUUUGAUGAGUCAAUCAAGCGAGGGGAAGCUGAAAAGACUGCCAUUAAGGCUAUUCGCCGGGCUAAAGCGGUAGAAAGCUUGUAUGCUAAGGAGUUGAAGCUCAGGAAAGAAUCUGAGGAAGCACUAAUGAAAGAAAAAGAAGACCAUCAGAGGACAAAAAACCGGUGGGAUGAAGAUCGUUUGAUUACCAUGGAUCAAAGACUAUUACAACAGAUCCAUGCUUCAAAUUUUGAUAACAAGAUAAAAGAAUUGAACGAUGAAAUACUUUCUGCUGUGGAGCAGUGCAAAGAAUAUAAGAAAGAAAGAGAUGAGUUGCAACUAGAGCGUGACAUGGUUCUUAAAGUAGCUGAGGAGCUUUCAAAAAUGCAGGCAGGGGAUGUUGAGACUAGCAUAGCUCUUAAAAUAGCUGAAGAGCUUUCAAAAAUGCAGGCCGGGGAUGCCUCAAGCAUUCAUAUGUGUCAGUUUUUUUCUGUCUUCUCUUUGUCAGAAAUUAAGGAGGCAACUCGCAACUUUGACCCAUCACUGAAGAUUGGGGAAGGGGGAUAUGGAAACAUUUAUAAAGGUUUCCUUCGUCACACCCCAGUGGCUAUAAAGGCGUUGAACCCAGAUAGCAUGCAAGGGCCUUUGGAGUUUAAACAGGAGGUUGAAAUAUUGAGUAAAUUGAGGCAUCCAAACCUGGUCAUUCUCAUCGGAGCCUGCUUGGAAGCUUUUGCUCUAAUCUAUGAAUAUUUACCAAAUGGAAGCCUUGAAGACCGACUAAGCUGCAAGGACAACACUUCACCUUUGCCUUGGCAAGCUCGGAUAUGCAUUGCAACUGAGUUAUGCUCUGUUCUCAUAUUUCUUCAUUCCAGUAACCCUCACAGCAUUGUACAUGGAGAUCUAAAACCUGGAAACAUUCUUCUUGAUGCUAACCUUGCAUGCAAACUCAGUGACUUUGGAAUCUGUCGAGCACUCUCUCUCCAUGAAAAUUCAAGGAACAUGACCCUCUAUCGUAAAACUGACCCCAAGGGCACUUUCCUCUACUUGGAUCCUCAUUUCCUUACAACAGGAGAAUUAUCUCCCAAGUCAGACACUUACUCAUUUGGAAUUAUAAUGUUACAGUUACUGACAGGGAGAUCAGCCUUUGGCAUAGUAAAGCAAAUUGGAGAUGCAAUAGAUGACGGAACUUUGAGUUCCUUUUUGGAUCCCUUAGCUGGGGACUGGCCAUUUGUGCAAGCGAAGCAAUUGGCUCGCCUCGCUUUGAGGUGCUGCUCAAUGAACCGAAGCAGCCGACCAGACCUUGCAACAGAAGCUUGGAAGGUGCUUGAACCCAUGAGAGCAUCUUGUGGAGGUAAAUCAUCACUCCAAUUUAGCCCUCUAUGGCGUCAACAGGCUCCCUCAUAUUUCUUGUGUCCCAUUUUACAGGAAGUGAUGCAAGAUCCUCAUAUGGCAGCAGAUGGUUUCACUUAUGAAGCAGAGGCACUGAUAGGAUGGCUGGAGAGUGGCCACAACACUUCGCCAAUGACAAACCUGAAGCUUCAACAUUUCAAUCUCGUCCCUAACCACUCUCUUCGUUCCGCUAUUCAGGAGUGGCAGCAAUUCAUCAGGUCCUCUUGAUUUCCAUUAAGCUAGCAAUCGAUUGCUGCUUUUUAUAUGCACGUACCAGUUUGCAGAAAAAUCAAGAUUUCUUGUAUUACCAUACCAGACGAACAUUAACCUAACCAAUACAUUAGUUCAAUAUAAGCUGUUUGCUUUGGACUUUGGCAUAUUAAAUAUUAUAGAAAAUUUUACCUAAGCUA